AUCUAUGUAACUAUAUAUCAGUAAACAAGCAGAGUAACUAUAGAGUUCCUGUAGAGAAACUAUAGACUUUCUGUGUACAAAUGCAAGUUAUGGUUCAUUAGUCUACAAAGUUAUUUACAUGUCAGGCUUGUAAGUUUCAUGCUGGAAAAAAAAACAACAGUGAUGAUGAGCUGCAGUAUGAGGAAACGAGUCUCUGACUUUAGAUACGCUCUAAAGAACACAGAGCUUUGGUACCAUUAUGAUUUGUCUCGACAUGCAGCUGAGGCUCUACUCUUGUCAAAUGGGGUUGAUGGGAGCUUUCUGCUCAGAAAUAGCAACAAGGGACAUGAAUGCUUUGCCCUCUCUGUCAGGGCAAAGGACUCUGUGAAGCACUUCCACGUGCAGCGGCAGAACGGGAGAUAUUCUUUUGGAUUUAAUGAGUUUCCAUCCCUUCAAGACUUCACCAGUCACCUGGCCAAUCAGCCACUGCUGGGCAGUGAGUCAGGGAACCUGAUUGUGCUGCGGUUCCCAUACCCUCGCCAGGUGGAGGAGCCAUCCAUUUACGAGUCUGUGUGUGUGCACACAGCUAUACAGUCAGGACGCAGCGAAAGAGACUUGGUCCCCAGUGCUCCAUCACUUGGCACAAAAGAGGGCUAUCUGGUGAAACAAGGAGGCAUCGUAAAGAACUGGAAACAAAGAUGGUUCACACUGAACAGAAAUGAGCUAAAGUACUUCAAAGACAAAAUGUUUCCAGAACCUAUUAGGACCUUGGACCUGAAAGCAUGCUCUGCCGUUCAGUUCGAUUACAGCCAGGACAGGGUUAACUGCUUCUGUCUAGUGUUCCCUGAGAGGACGUUUUAUUUGUGUGCAAAAUCAGGUGUGGAGGCUGAUGAAUGGAUAAAGAUAUUACGAUGGAAAUUGUCACAGAUAAGAAAAGGAAGAUGAUGUUCAGAAUGUGGAAAAGAAGAAAAGGAACUACUGGGAUUGUGAGCUAUGAGGGCAGUUAGGAAUGAUCUUAUAGGAGGAACUUUGGUCUUUGCUUACUGCUAUAGGUUUCUAUUUGCUCCUGUGGCAGAUGUAACCUUUUGUCAGGGCAUCACAGAGCAAUGUGAAGACUGUGUCUAUCUCAGAUGUGACUCUGGAAGAAAGACCGGACGUAGAUGGUGCAUUACUUUAUUACGUAGAUGGUCAUUAAUGGUGUAACUAAGUAAGCUUGUAGUCCACAGCCGCAUCAGUGCAAUGCAUUGCAAGGUGUUGAUACAAUACUAAAACCCUGAAUGGAAACAGGAAUUUAACUUUUACUAAGUAAGAAAUAUAAAGGUGCCUACAUUGUUGUCUUCUACCUCAUUAAAUGGUCUUAUUUUCUUACUCCGAAAGUAUUGGAAUGACAAGGCUAAUUCUUCUUUCGUAACUAAAUUUGUUAAACUACGUCACACAUGGAACCUUUUGUUUGAACCCACCCAUUUUUUUUAAACGAUCAAUCAAUCAUUAUUACAGGUGUUGCUUGUUGUCCAGCUGUUAGAUUCAGUUUUUAAACAAUUAAUAUCUUAACUUAAUUAAUUAAUUAACUUAAUGUCUAGUCUUGGUUGAUGGGUUCUGGGUUCUGCCUGUGAGUACUGCAUUUGUUGUUAAAUAGGAUAAACCAACAUGAAGACCAGGGAGCUGUCUUUGGAAGAGCAAGCAAUGCAAUCAUUGUGAGAGCUGUGGAGCAAAAAACCCACAACAGUCCAAAGUAAUGAAAAGGUCAAUGUCCAAAACAACACUUCAUCAGGUGGGAAAAGUGAACUGUUUUAGAAAGGGCCACCAGGUCUUAACCCAAUUAAGCAGCAUUUCACCUCCUGAAGCGGAGACUGAAGAGUGAGACCCCCAAAACAUACAACUGGAAGGAGCUGACAUAUAAGCCUGGAAAAGCAUCACAGAAGGAGAAUUCAUCGGUUUGGUCAUGUCAGUGGGUCUUUGGCUUGAUGCAGUUACUGCAAGUAAAAUAUAUACAAUCAAAUGUUGUGUUAGUUACUUUAUGUCUAUUGGUUCUUAUAUCUUUGUUCACCUAAUAAUAGAGUGGACUGACACUAAAGAUGCCAUGUUCAGAGGAGAUGUAAAUAUCAGGAAAUAACAGCUGAAAUCUCAAACCCAAAUGUCUUCAGUGUAGCAAAAACAAAAGAACUGGCCUUGCUGAUCCAAUGCUUUAUACUGUAUUGGUAAACACAGAACAUGAGGAUGGACAGAUUUUAAACACCAUAAAACUACAACUGGAAUUUCAGACAACAGUGACUUUCAACUUUUAUACUUUUGUUACAUUAGAACAAUCCCAGAAGAUAUCUUUAACGCAUAAUAUCUGCUAAAAUGUCAAACAUGUGGAUCUAUAAUGAUAUGAGCAUUAAUAAGUCCCAAUAUGAGUCAUUAGUUAAGUUAUAAUUGCUUUUUGUGGGAACAUGGGGCUAUUUUACCAGAUCAGAUGCACCAAAACCUGCUGUUCCCUAUAUUCCCUAUUGCUAAAUUCAAGUUUCUUUAACACAAGGAGGAAGUCAAACGCUUUACAUGGUCUCUACAGAAUAUUCUAGAGAACAGUGUGUGAAGUAGAUUAAUAUCCCCUUUAUUUAUGAGACAAUGGUUAAUAUUUGAAUUAUGCAAUAAGUUUGGGCAGAACUUUUUGUUCAACAUAUCCUCAGCCUGCAACAUUUACAGCAUUUGGUAGAUGUCCUUAUCCAGAGUGAUAAUUAUUUAUCUUAUUUAUACAAACGAGUUGUGUUAUCCACCAACAUUUGUGUUGCGCAUGUCAGGUGGCAUGACCUGUGUUCGUUUGGCUUCCUCAGAAAACUCUAAAAAUAAACAAACAAAUAAUUGGGUUUUGUACACCAAAGUCAUAAACAAAUUUAUUAAUUAGAAGAAAAAUCUAAAAUACAACCAGACAGUGUUACAUUCAAAAGAGAAACAUACAGCAUCAUGAGCAAUUGACAUGAAAUCCAGGUUCACAGCCAACAUCAAUGUCCAAGGUGCAUGUGUGUGUCUUGAUCCGAUCCAGAUAGUUAUAUAGUUAUGCAGUAGUUAUAUAACUGUCUGUCUUCUAGGCAACCUCAACCACCUGUCUUAGUUCCUCAAUCAGUGGAACAAGCUCCUUCUCCAAACUGAUGAUCAAACCUAAAAAUAACAUGAAAAAACUGAAUCACCAUAUGAUGCAAAUAUGAGUGUGCAUUAAAAAUGGACUGUAUUUUAGAGGUCUGUGAGUUAAAAACAAUCUCUCUAUUAAUACCAUGUAUUUUCCAGGCAGUGUUUCAAGCUAAAGUUGUAAAGUGUUCACAAAUAAAAUAUUUAUCUGCCUCA